AUGAUCAAACAGAUACUUAAUAGGCUCCCACGGAAGCCAUCUAAAUCAGCCGAAAAUCGUGAUGGAGGAACCUCUGCUUUCUCUUCCAAUUCUUCUUCUAGUUCAAGGAGCAGUGAUCUAGCAAGUAAUCGGUCUGGGAACCUAAAUGCUACAUCUGUUCCAAUUCAUAAUUCUACUUCAAAUUCAGGACUAAAUCACGGAAAUAAGCUUCCCCAGGCUUUAAAUUUGAAGGUGAAUGGUAGUUCAACAAUUUCUUCCUAUGAGACAUUGCCUAGUUUUAAAGAUGUUUCAAACUCAGAGAAGCAGAACUUGUUCAUCAAAAAGCUGAGCUUGUGUUGCAUUGUGUUUGACUUUGCUGACCCAACGAAGAAUUUGAAAGAAAAGGAAAUCAAGCGCCAAAAUUUGGUAGAGCUUGUCGACUUUGUGACUUCUGCAAAUGGGAAAUUCACAGAACCUGUCAUGCAAGAAAUCGUGAAGAUGGUAUCCACAAAUUUGUUCAGGACACUUACUGCUCAACCUCGUGAGAACAAAGUCUUAGAAGGCUUUGAGUUGGAAGAAGAGGAGCUCCUCAUGGAUCCAGCAUGGCCUCACUUGCAAAUUGUGUAUGAAUUCCUUCUCAGGUUUGUGGCAUCACCAGAUACGGAUGCAAAGUUGGCUAAGCGGUACAUUGAUCACUCUUUUGUUCUAAGGUUGUUAGAUCUCUUUGAUUCGGAGGAUCCUAGAGAAAGGGAAUACUUGAAAACUGUUCUGCACCGCAUAUAUGGAAAGUUUAUGGUGCACCGUCCAUUCAUUAGGAAAGCAAUCAACAACAUUUUUUAUCGUUUUAUUUUUGAAACUGAAAAGCAUAAUGGAAUCGCAGAGCUGUUAGAAAUUUUGGGCAGUAUUAUCAAUGGCUUUGCUUUGCCACUGAAAGAAGAGCACAAGCUCUUUCUUGUUCGUGCACUGAUACCACUUCACAAACCAAAAUGCAUACCCAUGUACCAUCAGCAGUUAUCUUACUGUAUUACUCAAUUUGUGGAAAAAGACUGCAAGCUUGCCGAUACUGUAAUACGGGGUCUAUUAAAGUAUUGGCCAAUCACAAACAGUUCAAAGGAAGUCAUGUUCUUAGGUGAGCUAGAGGAAGUUUUAGAAGCGACUCAACCUCCAGAGUUCCAGCGCUGUAUGGUGCCCUUGUUUCGCCAGAUUGGUCGUUGCUUGAGCAGUUCACACUUUCAGAGGCACCUAGUGAGCUCACAUCGCCUUCGCCUCUCUUCACCAUCUCUCACUCAGAUCGCUCAUCACUCUCAUUUAGGUCGCAUCUUACUUAGAUCGCCUCAGAUCCCAUCUGUUCCUCUUUCUCUGGUAUAUGUCCUCCUUUCUCUCGUAUCGGUCCUUUCUCAACUGGAUAUAAUAAGAGUUAUAGGCGUUGUUGAAGACAUGCCAGAAAAUCGACUCGCCUGUUUGCGUGUGGAUAAACUAUGGAAAGCUAGAGGCGAGUAUGAGGUUAUUGAUCUUGGGUAUGAGAGUUUUCUCUUUCAAUUCGACCAAUUGGGGGAUAGGGAAAGGGGUCAUCAUAGGAGUUUGCCUAAAAGAGUGGGGACAAAUCCUACUGGGAAAAAGAGAUUGAAGUAUGAUGAUGCUAACAUGUUGAUUGCAGAGGGUAAAGUCUACAAGCAUGAUGCAAUCCAUGCAAUGAAUGCUACUUUUCCACCUCAUUCCUGGCCAUCUUCUAUUCUAGCGAUGUCAAUUCAUCCUAAGUCACUAUAUCUGGUGGCCCCUUUUGCGUUGGUGGCAGAGAGGGCUCUGUUCUUAUGGAACAAUGAUCAUAUUGAAAACCUAAUCAAACAAAAUCGAAAAGUUAUAUUGCCGAUUAUCUUCCCUGCCCUAGAGAGAAAUGCAAGAAAACACUGGAAUCAGGCAGUGCAGAGCUUGACACUAAAUGUCCGCAAAAUCUUCUCUGAUAUUGAUCCUGAACUCUUUGAAGAGUGCUUACUCAAGUUUCAGGAAGAUGAAGCUCAAGAGCAAGAGAUUAAGUUGAAGCGUGAAGCAACAUGGAAACGCUUAGAAGAGAUUGCUGCAAUGAGAGGUGCCAGUAAUGAACCAGUGCUUGUUGCCAGCAGGAUACCCACUCGCACAUUAUCUGGCUAG